CUCCCUGCCUCCCGCUCCUCCUGCUCCUCAUGCAGCGUGGAGGUGCGUUCCCACUACUGGCUGUGUUGUUGCGGCACUGGAUGGAUCUAACGAGCAUGUUUGCGGGUGAAGCCGCGGGCGGAGGGAAAUAAACCGGGAUUUUUCCUCUUCUUCUGCUUCUUUUUCUUCUUCUACACCUGCCGACCACUCAACCCGUCAGUGACGACAUGUCAAACUCAAACAAAAGCAAGAAGGACAAAGAAAUCCUGGCAGAGUACGAGAGCCAAGUCAAAGAUGUGCGGGCACAGUUGGUGGAGCAGCAGCGAUGUCUGGAGCAGCAGACGGAGAUGCGGGUCCAGCUGCUUCAGGACCUGCAGGACUUCUUCAGGAAGAAGGCCGAGAUCGAGACGGAAUAUUCCAGAAACCUGGAGAAGCUCGCCGAGAGGUUCAUGGCCAAAACACGCAGCACGAAAGACCAUCAGCAAUACAAAAAAGAUCAGAAUCUGCUCUCUCCGGUUAACUGCUGGUACCUGCUGCUGAACCAGGUGAGGAGGGAGAGCAAGGACCACGCCACGCUCAGUGACCUCUACCUGAACAACGUCAUCACCCGCCUCACGCACAUCAGCGAAGACUCGGCACGCCUGCUAAAGAGGAGUAAAGAAAUCCUCUUCCAGCUUCAGGAGGACCUCAUGAAGCUUCUGAAUGAGCUUUACACCGUGAUGAAGACGUAUCACAUGUACCAUGUGGAGACGAUCAGCGCGGAAACCAAACUGAGGGAGGCGGAACGUCAGGAGGGACGCGUGAAGGGCGUGUCUGGGACGGGCGGAGGCGUGGAGCCGGUGUUCGGACUGAGGAUAGAAGAGCGCCACCAGAGACGCAACGCCGCACGCAAGAUGGAGAAGAUGAGGGAGAAGAGGAAGGCAAAGUACUCUGAGAACAAACUGAAGACUCUUAAAGCCAGGAACGAGUAUCUGUUGACCCUGGAGGCCACCAACGCCUCCGUGUUCAAAUACUACAUCCAUGACCUGCCCGACAUCAUAGACUGCUGUGACCUAGGGUACCACUCCAGUCUGAGCCGGGCUCUGAGGACCUACCUAUCAGCCGAACUGAGCCUUGAAGCCUCCAGGAGGGCCGGCCUGGAGGUGCUGGAGGGGGCCGUGGAGAAUCUGGACCCUGCCCGAGACAGACAGCGUCUGCUGGGCCUCUACCCCACUGCCUUCUGCCCCCCGCAACGCUUCGGAUUCCAGGCACACAUGGGAGACGAGGUGAACCAGAUUGCGUCUCAGCCGCAGGUCCAGGCUGAGCUCACCCUCCGCCUCACGCAGCUCCAGACCCGCCUGGCAUCGCUGAAGAUAGAGAAUGAAGAGGUGAAGAAGACCUGGGGUGCGACUCUGACCACUCUGCAGGACAUGACGGUGCUGGACGACUACGACGUCUCCCAGAGCUUCACCCACAGCCCAUCCUCCGAGUCGGUCAAGUCCAGCGUGUCGGAUGGCUACUUGAACAAACCGAGUCUGGCCAAGAGACGGUCCAACCAGCAGGAGACAGAGCUCUUCUACUUCAAUAAAUUCCGCGAGUAUCUGGAGGGGAGUAAUCUGAUCUCCAAACUGCAGGCCAAACACGACAUACUGAAGAAAGCUUUAGCCGAGGGAUAUAAAACUGACCUGCUGACUACCAGUCGUGGGCGGAAGAACUCCCACAGCAAGCACCAGGAUUCAACCAAAGCCAUACCUUUGCUUGUGGAGAGCUGCAUCCGCUACAUCAACCUCCACGGUCUUCAGCAUCAGGGGAUUUUCCGGGUUUCUGGAUCUCAGGUGGAGGUCAACGACAUCAAGAACUCCUUUGAGAGAGGUAACGACCCGCUGAUUGAUGAGGAGAGCAACCAUGAUAUCAACUCUGUGGCCGGAGUGUUGAAGCUCUACUUCAGAGGUCUGGAGAACCCGCUGUUUCCUAAGGACCGCUUCAACGACCUCAUCUCCUGCGUCCGAAUCGAGAACAUGUACGAGAGAGCGCAGUGCAUCCGUAAGAUCCUGCUGGGAGUCCCGCGGGCGACGCUGGUGGUGAUGCGUUACUUGUUCGCCUUCCUUAACCACCUCUCCCAGUACAGCGACGAGAACAUGAUGGAUGCUGGGAACCUGGCCAUCGUCUUCGGCCCCACCCUCCUGCCCACACCUGAGACCCUGGACCAGGUGGCCUGUCAGGCACACGUGAACGAGGUCAUCAAAACGGUCAUCCUGAACCACGACAACAUCUUCCCCGACACCAAGGAGCUUCCGGGGCCGGUCUAUGAGAAGUGCAUGACCGGGGACCAGUACUGCGAGAGUCCGUUCAGCGAGCCGGGGGCGCUGGAGGAGGCCGAGCCCGACGGCGGCACCGAGACCCAGACCAGCGACGAGGAGGGCGAGGCUGUGGAGGCGGUGGCGAGGUUCGACUAUGUGGGCCGGUCGGGCCGUGAGCUCUCGUUCAAGAAGGGAGCGUCCCUGCAGCUCUACCAGCGGGCGUCACAUGACUGGUGGGAGGGGCGGCUUAACGGUAACCACGGCCUGGUUCCUCAUCAGUACAUCGUGGUGAAGGACAGGGCCGACGCCAUGUCAGACACCCUCAGCACGAAGGCGGACAGCGACGGAGGAAGCAGCAGCACCGACGACAAACGGUCCAGGAGCGAGCUGAGCUCCCCGACCGACAUCAGACCCCCGGAGAACUACAACAGGUCUGUCAUCCACAGGAGGAAGAGAACCGACGGUUUAUUCCGCCGCCCCCUCGGCCGCUCCAACGACAGCCACUGCCACGGUAACGGAGGGGUGAUGGAGCGGAGUUCCCCGCCGGUGACGGGCCACUUCAGUCCCAGAGAGCUGCUGCUGGGACGAGGCCAAGGCAUGACCCCGCCUCUUGACAGCCCGGAGCGUCGGCGCCGUUCUGCUGCAGCCGUGACCAUGACGGUGAGCCGGCAUGAUUCGCUGAGGAGGCCUGAUGACACGCCCAUCCGGCGCUCAAGCAGCGGACAGCACGGCUUCAGUGACUCCCAUCGAUCCAGAGCGCUGGAUCCUGAUACGCUGGCACAGGACAUCGAGGAGACGGUGACGGUGGCGCUCGGGGAGCUCAGACAGCUGGAGCGUCAGGGCUGCCGGCCGGCUCCCGACGUGGUGCUGGACACCCUGGAACAGGUGAAGAACGGCCCCAUCACCACCUGCUCCUCCGAGUCUCCUUCCCCCCACAGCACUCCCAGCACCCCAGGCACACCUGGAACCCCCGGCACUCCCGGGACCCCCGGCACUCCUGGUACGCCUGGCACCCCGAGCCCGCUGAGUCCUCUGAGCCCCAUCAGCCCGCUCCCUGGACCACCACCUGGACCUCCGAGGCCGACCAACCCUUCCCCUGAUGCCCUGGGAUCCUUCAAGCCGGUCGCAGCCGCCCGCAUCGGCGCUCCCUUAAGGCCCCCAGCUCUGCGUCCAAAACCUGUGGUCCCACCUAAAAGCAGCACCCCGCCUCUUCCCCCACCGCUGGACAAAUCCUGCACCAUGUGAGCCAAACAGGCCAAUGUAAAAGGCCGAAUCAGGCCUACCCGGGCCAAAAAUGGGCCAGAAGAGGAGAUCAGGGUACUGCUUAGUGUUUAUAAUCAAAACAUAUGAGGGUAGGAAGGACAAGAAGGGUUUUAAUCAGUGUUGGUGGUUAUGCGUUACAAAGUAAUCCGUUUGAGUACUCAGAUUACUUUCUUGUUACAAGUAGCCCCACGAGUCAGGGCUGCAGUUCAAGUUCUCCAUUAUGUCAUUACAUUUACAUAAAAGUAAUCCAUUACUGAAAAAUAUAACUUCUUUUCCUUGUUGAUGCCACAAAGUGAAAUUCCCUGAAGAAGCUGCACUGUUUCUGUUUCUCCCUGACAUCUGGGCAGGUAGACUGUUAACAUACAACUGUGUCUGUUUGCAGCUAGCAAGAAGGCAGAGACGACAGCUUUUACUCAUCCAGAGCUGGGCACAGUCGGUCCCAAAUUUACCUCUGUUUACCGUUUAUCUACUAAGAUUUCACAUCAAUAAUUCUGCUCAAAAUUAACAGAAGUUAAAGAGGAAGCCAUCUGAGUCCAUCCGAGAACCUCACUUUGGAGGUUUUCCACGCAAAUCCAACUGGGAGGAGACCUCUGGGUUGACCCAGAACUCACUUGAGUAACUAAAUAUCCCAUCUGGUCUGGGAACGCCCUGGGAUAUUUCAGAAGAAGUUGGAAAAUGUCACAAGGGAGAAGGAUGCCUUGGUGGUCCUGCUUAACCUGCUGCCACUUCGACCUCAUGCUGAAUAAGUAAAGAAAAUGCAUCGAUGGAUUAACAGAAGUGACUUAAAACUUAAAGUCACCCCUUUAGCCGUCAGUGGUUUUGAUUGUUUGAUUCCAACCAUUUCAAGAUCCAACAAAGACAGCACAUCUGCCAGACCAACGACAAACAAUCAGCUAUUUUUAACUUUUCAUUAGAAUCUCUACUGCUCUUUCCUGAUCAUGAUAUUCCAACAAAACAGACUUGCUUUAAUGGAAAGAUUCCCCACCAUCAGCAACCUGGAAAUUAUCUAAUCCAAUCUAGAAACUUUAUGAAUCUCUCUACCAGCACAGGAAGUUGAAGAAGAAGGUGAAGGCCAGAUCACACUACACAAAUUUGGCCUGAUUCGGACCUAAUUGCUUCAUUGCAGCCCUUGCAGAAUCAGGCUCAACUUUGAAUGUCAGGAAUGACAAGCACCUUCAUCGUGAGGCAUAAUCAAUGAUGCAUCGAAUGAUGAAAGAAGGCCUGACAGUGGAGAUUACCUGCCUUACAAUGACCAAUGAGGAGUUGGUGUCGGUGGAGUGUCAGGGCUAGAACCUGGGACCUCCAGCACCCCUGGGACUCCUGGUACACCUUGCACACCCAGGCCCUUUGAGCCCCAUCAGCCCACUCCCUGGACCUCCACCCUUCCUCCAGAUACUGUGGGAUCCUUCAACCCUGUCGAAGCUGCCUGCAUCUGGCUCUGGCGCCAGGUCACUGGAAGUGAAACUUUCUUUACUGCCUAAUCCUAACCCCAACCUUAGGGUCCAGGAAAGGGUGAGGGUAAGUUUUAUCCAAGGAAACAUGGCGUAAAAGAGGGUUAGAGUCAAGACUGUCUCCUGGAAGAGUGCCUGAGAUUAGAGAUCUUCUGUCAAACCCCUCUCCAAGACUGCUAGCAUGUUUUGAAGGCAUUAUUGACACUCCAUGGCUUGCCUACCCAGGAACCUUUGACCAACAACCAUGUCGGGCUACUCAACAAUUACUUUUGUAGCAUGGUGCUAUUGCAAAAGACCAAAUGAAACCACGUGGGUUUGCCCCAUAAUUACUAGCCAACGGACGUGUGCCCAGUUCUGGAAGUAUCCCCAUAAUGAUCAGCUUUUGGAAGGAAGGGACACAUGAGUUUAAGAGUCCAGUUCAUGGAAACGGCGCUGGCCUCUACCUAGUUCCUUGUCUGGCUGCGUGCCAACAUGCACCGAGUGACAGAAGGGAUUUUAUGUUUGGUUAAAAGCACUCUAACGGGUUACUUCUCUCAGUAUGUAACGCAGUAACAUACGUUACCGAAACGCCACCCAGCACUGGUUUUACUGUAGUAAUAACUAUAAUAUAUGACAUGACCUAUGAUAUGAUAUGCCAUGAUAUUUAUGUGUCGUCAGGUUGGUGUGUACUCUCUUGGUGUGUAGGAGUUUAAUUUCUCCAUGUAUCGAAGCAUUUAUCAAAAGGUUAGCUUAAAGAACUGCUGAUAAAGACACAGGAAGGAGCGUGGACGGAGCUUCCUGUCUUGUAAAUGAAGAAAGAAAAAUGGGAAGUGUAGUUAAGCUGCGGUAAAAAUGUAGUUUAAAGUGACGUGAAUGUUGGCUGUACUGUCAUGACGGUAGAAGAAGAAGAAGAAGAAGAGCCUGUCGAGCUGUUUUUUUAAGAGACUAUCGCGAUCGGCUGCUGUAUCUGUGACGAGAGACUCGAUGUGGAAGAGAGGACACGUAAACAACGUCUCAAACAAUAUCUGUGUGACUGAUUAUAAUUUAUUUUUUUAUUCUGUUUCAGCUGCUAAGCUCACUUGUACACCUCAAACCACGAAAACGCCUCCUGAGGUCGUCGGUGACACCAAACUCACAUUAUUUAAACCUGAAUGUUUCCAGUAUUUAAACGACUGUUCAGCCAUCUUAUUGAAUGUUCAGCGAGCUGCCGACUCAGUGGCUCACUAAACUUUUUUAACAGCCUUUUCUUGUGUUUUAUUGGAGAAUAAUCCUGCGCCCAGACAGAGCUUCAAACAGGGUGAGUUGGGAGGUGGGGAGAGGGCUUGGACAGAACUUUUUCUGCGAUGGUAGGUGUGUGAUUUUGUUCCUGUGAGUGUCUGACAGGGCUGGGCAAUAUGGACCAAAAAUCAUACAUCAGUCUCUCUUAGCUGAAUGGUGAUACAUGCUUUAAAUAAGGAUAUUUUUGGACAUAGCCAGUCAAUAGAUCAUCUUGUGGUCAGUUAGCAUGUUGCACUUAUAGCAUGUCCUAACAGCAUGCAACACCAGCAAAAACAUCCGCUGUUUCCUGGUGGAGUGUAUUAACAGCCAAAGAGUGAUGCAGAACGACAACAAAGGCUGUUUCUACCCUCUUCUGAUUUCCUUUUUGUUGCUCAAGUUGGCGUGGACAAGGAACGACGACAAAAAUCUUGAUUUUCUUCACUUUCCCCAAAUCAGAGUUUGUCAGCUUGUUUUGCAAAGUGCA